AUCUGCUUCAUAAUUCCUUUCCGCUCCCAAAAGUGGGAGGCACGUCGUAGCUCGGCGGAAGAACACCCCGUUCAGUUCCAAUUCACACACAAACGCGUUGGCACACGCACACACUGGGUUCGUCCGAAGCAGCGUUUUUCUGCUGCCCAAGCUGCUGCGUUUCAUCAGAAGAAACAAAAAAGUGGCAGAAAAGCAGUAGUCGAACCAACCAGUGUCGCGUACCACCACCCCGCCCGUAGUACCCACUCUCUCGUUAUACAGCGCGCGCGCGUGUGUUUGUGUGUGUGUGCUCUGGAAUCACAAAGGUGCGAAUUAAAAAAAAAGCAAUCGAAACCUCGGAAUCGUAAAGGGAAAGCUUUGGAUUGGAAAACAACACCCCAUCAUCGUUUGCAGGCGGAGAGAGCAAACAGCAAUUUGUAACCACAUCUUGAAACACAUUCGCCUUCUUGAUCAUCAUUAGAUUGGCACACACGCUGGCAGGCAGACUGGCAAGAAAACGAAGCAGCCGCCGCUUGUGCGUGUGUGUGUGUGUGUUGGAUGGAGUGCUAGUUUCAUGUUUUUGGAUCACUGAAAAGAAGAAAACAAACCGUGUGCCUCUAUUUGGAAAAGCGUAGUGCUGCAGCGCACUGGAUAUAGAACCGUGCAAGUGAGUGAGUGUGUGUGUGUGGGUGCUGGUUUUGCGCAAGUGUUUGUGAGGCCGAAAAAACACGGUGCAAAACACUUUAUAGAGUGGAAAUUUAGUGAAAAUCAUCCUCCCCACAGCUGGAAAUUGGAUGUAAAACGGAAGUAUCAAAAGCAGUUCAUUUAGCCGAAAAACAAGUUAAUCCCUUCCCCCCACUUUAAGAAAGGGUGUGUGCACUGGUUUUGCGAAGAAAUCGGUCUCAUAUGCCCCAUCGUCGACAAUGGCAUAAAACGGGGGCAAAACAACAAACAAAAAAUCAACGAGUGCGUGAAGAAGUGGCCGAGCGCGGUCGGGUGUAUGGUGAACCGUUGGCAGGCGUCGUGUAGCAAACGGGUAAUCAAAACCAUCGAAAAAGAGCCCUUCCUCCCCCCCUUCCGAUCAGUAGAAAGAACGAAGACACGAAGAUCGUCGUUUGAAGGAUUCGCCGCUGCUGUGUGCAGCAAAACAAAGGCGCACACACUGCGUGAAAGAUGGGAGACGUCGAUCCUGAAACACUUUUAGAAUGGCUCUCGAUGGGUCAGGGCGACGAGCGCGACAUGCAGCUGAUUGCGCUGGAGCAACUCUGCAUGCUGCUGCUCAUGUCCGACAAUGUAGAUAGAUGUUUUGAAAGCUGUCCACCGCGAACGUUCCUGCCCGCGCUGUGUAAAAUAUUUCUCGACGAGCUGGCGCCGGAGAAUGUGCUCGAGGUGACGGCCCGCGCCAUCACGUACUAUCUGGACGUGUCGUCGGAGUGUACGCGCCGGAUCGUCGCCAUCGAUGGGGCGAUCCGAGCGAUCUGCAACCGGCUCGAGGUGGCCGACCUCGAGAGCCGCACGAGCCGCGACCUGGCCGAACAGUGCAUCAAGGUGCUGGAGCUGAUCUGUACGCGGGAGGCGGGCGCCGUGUUCGAGGGCGGCGGUCUCAGCUGUGUGCUCGCGUUCAUCCGCGACAGCGGCUCGCAGAUCCACAAGGACACGCUGCACUCGGCGAUGGCGGUGGUGUCGCGGCUCUGCACGAAGGUGGAACCGUCGGGCGCGAACGUGCAGACGUGCGUGGAGAGCCUGAGCACGCUGCUGCAGCACGAGGAUCCGCUCGUGGCGGACGGGGCGCUCAAGUGCUUCGCCUCGGUGGCGGAUCGGUUCACGCGCAAGGGCGUGGAUCCGGCCCCGCUCGCCGAGUACGGGCUGGUGCGGGAGCUGCUCCAGCGGCUGAGUAAUGCCGCCGGCGGGCCACAGAUUUCAUCGAGCGGUGGCGGUGGCAGUGCGGCGAUCUCCUCCAGCCUGGGAACAAACUCCUCCACGCACCCGGAAUCAUCGCCGUCCGCGGCGCAGCUGUCGUCGUCGGCGCCCAAGUCAGCGCAGGGCGCGAUGGAGGCGGGCCGAUCGAGCCAAUCGAUCGCGACCACGAUCUCGCUGCUGUCGACCCUGUGCCGCGGCUCGCCCUCGAUCACGCACGAUCUGCUCCGGUCCAAUCUGCUCGAGGCGAUGGAGCGCGCGUUCAAGGGCGACGAGCGGUGCGUGCUGGACUGCAUGCGGCUGGCUGACCUGAUUCUGCUGCUGCUGUUCGAGGGCCGGCAGGCACUGGGGCGGGUCGGCGGUUCGCAGGGUCAGCUAGCGCCGCGCGUUCGGCGGGCCGAUUCCAGCACGGAGCGCACGCACCGGCAGCUGAUCGACUGCAUCCGCAGCAAGGACACGGAGGCGCUGAUCGAAUCGAUCGAGUCGGGCGGCAUCGACGUGAACUGUAUGGACGACGUCGGGCAGACGCUGCUGAACUGGGCGUCCGCCUUCGGGACGCUCGAGAUGGUGGAGUUUCUGUGCGAUAAGGGCGCGGACGUGAACAAGGGCCAGCGCAGCUCGUCGUUGCACUACGCCGCGUGCUUUGGGCGGCCGGGCAUUGCCAAGGUGCUGCUCAAGCACGGUGCCAAUCCGGAUCUGCGCGACGAGGACGGCAAAACGCCACUGGACAAGGCGCGCGAACGGCCGGACGAGGGCCACCGGGAGGUGGCCUCGAUCCUGCAGUCGCCCGGCGAGUGGAUGAUGGCGGCAACCCGGUCGGACGUAAAGUGCGGCGACAGUGGAGAUGAGACGGGCGGUGCUGGUGGUGUCGGGGAACCGCGGGGCGAUCCGGAGAUGGCGCCGGUGUAUCUCAAGUUUUUCCUACCGACAUUCUGCAAAACUUUCCAAAGCACAAUGCUUGCUAGCGUGCGUAGAUCUAGCCUAGGACUUAUCAAGAAAAUGAUCCAGUAUGUACAGCCGGAGGUCCUCUCGAAGCUCUGCUCCUCCGAGGGUCUGCAAAGUUACGAGCAAAGCUUAGGCACGCUUCUAGUCGAAGUCAUCGCAAGCGUGCUGGACAAUGAGAUUAGCUACAGCUGGCCACCGUUGAGCCAACCCUCCGCCGCGUUGCCGGCGUACCUUCCACCCCUUCCUCCGCCGCCACCGCCGAUCCUAACCGUCGCGCGCCAUAGUUCUAGUAGCGUUAGCCAUAGUCUCCUAACCAAGCACAGCUGCGCCGAGCGGUUGAGCAAGUUUGUGCAGGCCAAGCGACAGCGGCGCAAUUCUAGCAGCUACAUAAUACCGCCGCCGCCACCGCUGCUACCGUUGACACCGCCACCACGCGGCACCACCUCGGCAAGGGCAAACGACUCGGACGAGGACGCGGAUGAUGAGUGGGCCGGGGCCGCCGCCGGUUCGAAAAGCAAUAACAAUAGUAGCGACCGCACCACCACCACCAAUCCUCGCAAUCGCACCCAAAGCAAUUGGUCAGAUCUUAGCAUUGCGGAUGACGAGGAUGGCCAUCUGGUGGUGCUUACGAUCGUGCAGGAGCUGAUGUCGAAAACGCAAAACGAUUUCCUCGACCAUUUCGCGCGGCUGGGCGUCUACACCAAGGUGCAAGCGCUGAUGGGCGAGCCUAGCUUCGAUGGUAGCGACAAUAACGAUGUAAUUAAAUCGACAUCGGACGACGCAAAAUCAGCAGCUGCAGCAGCAUGCUCCUCUACGGAUGCCUCCGGUGUAGUGACGGUAACGCCGGGCGCUCCAACAGUAACUACUGCGUCCGGUGGCACCGCCAGUGCUGCGGUCGCCGUAGAGGACGCGAAGGAGAUACUGCACGGCAAGGCGUACCAUUGGCACGACUGGAGCAUCUGCCGCGGGCGGGACUGUCUGUACGUGUGGUCGGAUUCGGCGGCACUGGAGCUGUCGAAUGGAUCGAACGGAUGGUUCCGGUUCAUACUGGACGGUAAACUGGCCACGAUGUACUCGAGCGGCAGUCCAGAGAACGGUAGCGAUAGUACGGGCAGGGAAAAGGUCUCCUCCGAUCCGAACGUGCCUAAUGAAGAAAAUCGUGGCGAAUUUCUGGAAAAGCUACAGCGCGCCCGAGCCGCCGUACGGCAGGGCACCGUAUCGCAGCCCAUCCUGUCGGCCCCGAGCCUGGCACGCAUCGCCGUGGGCAACUGGGUGCUGCAGAGCCAGAAGGAGCAUCAGCUACAUAUCAACAAUUCCGAGGGCCAUCAGGUGACGAUACUGCAGGACGAGCUGCCCGGGUUCAUCUUCGAGAGCAACCGGGGCACGAAGCAUACGUUCACCGCGGAGACGACGCUGGGACCGGACUUUGCGGCCGGUUGGAUCAACACGAAGAAGAAGAAGAUGCGCUGCAAGGCCGAGGCCCAAAAGUAUCAGCUGCACAAGUUGGCUCGCGACCUGUACAACCGAUAUUUCAAGGCGGCCCAGGCCAUACCGCGUGGUGCCGUUGCAAAACUGUCCAAGAUUGUGCAUCAGAUCGAGAUAGCCCUGGAGGAGCAGCAGUCCACGUCGAAGGCCGCGCUCAUUUCCAGCACGACACAGCAAAUUACACCACCAUCGGCCGGCGUAAGCUGGCAGGAGAAGCUGUACAACGCGCUGACCGAGCUGGUGCACCUGCUGAACGAGGACGGCGUGAUCAGUGCGUACGAGAUGUACAGCUCUGGGUUGGUGCAAGCGCUUGUCGCCGUCCUUUCGCCCAACUACUGGGACCUGGGCAUGAACCGCACCAAAGCGAACAAGUACCAGAAGCAGCGGCUUUCGAUCUUCAAGAAGUGCAUGUACGGUGGGGAGCUGAAAACGGGCAAAAACACGGCCGCCAUACUGGUGCAGAAGCUGGUGGCGGUGCUGGAAAGCAUCGAAAAGCUGCCGGUCUACAUGUACGAUUCGCCCGGCGGUAGCUACGGGCUGCAGAUACUGACCAAGAAGCUUAGCUUCCGGCUCGAGCGGGCGGCCUGCGAGCAGACGCUGUUCGAUCGGACCGGGCGCAACCUGAAGAUGGAACCGCUCGCGACCGUUGGCCACCUGAACAAGUAUCUGCUGAAGAUGGUCGCCAAGCAGUGGUACGAUAUGGAGCGCUCGUCCUUUCUGUACCUGCGCAAGAUGAAGGAAGCGAAGUCGGGCACGAUGCAGUUCCGCCAUCGGCACGAUUUCGACGAGAACGGGCUGAUCUACUACAUUGGCACGAACGGGCGCACGCUGGAGUGGGUCAAUCCGGCCCAGUACGGGCUGGUAACGGUGACGAGCAGCGAGGGCAAGCAGCUACCGUACGGCAAGCUGGAGGACAUUCUUUCCCGCGACAGCGUGAGUGUCAACUGCCACACGAAGGACAACAAAAAGUCGUGGUUCGCGAUCGAUCUGGGCAUCUUCAUCCUGCCGACGGCGUACACGCUGCGGCACGCGCGCGGCUACGGCCGGUCGGCCCUGCGCAACUGGCUGUUCCAGAUGUCGAAGGAUGGCGUCAGCUGGGUCACGCUGCUCACACACACGGACGACAAAAGUUUGGCCGAGCCGGGCAGCACCUGCACCUGGCCGAUCGAUUGCCCGGCGGACGAGCAGCAGGGCUACCGGCACGUGCGCAUCCACCAGAACGGGCGCAACGCGUCCGGCCAAACGCACUACCUUAGCCUGAGCGGGUUUGAAAUCUACGGCAAGGUGAUGUCGGUGUGCGAGGACAUGGACAAAACAGCGGCGAAGGAGAACGAAGCGAAGCUGCGCAAAGAGCGCCGCCAGAUCCGUUCGCAGCUCAAGUACAUUACGGACGGGGCGCGGGUGGUGCGCGGUGUCGACUGGCACUGGGACGAUCAGGACGGCAGUCCGCCGGGCGAGGGCACGGUGAUUGCGGAGAUACACAACGGUUGGAUCGAUGUGAAGUGGGACCACGGCAUGCGCAACUCGUACCGCAUGGGCGCGGAGGGCAAGUACGAUCUGAAGCUGGCCAACGUGGACGGUUUGAUGGCGGGUGGGUACGAUCUGCACAGCAGUGGCAUCUCCGUUACGACGGCGGGGGGUGGAGCUAAUAACAAUCAGUUCGCCUCCACGGCCAACGUUCAGUGUGAGCUGGCGGAUGGUGGUAGUACCGCGUCGGGCAAGAAGAAGGUUUACGACAAAUCGCUGAACGUGCUAACGAGCCGUAAAUCGAGCUCGACCCCAAGUUUGCCGGAUGCGACGACCGAAAACCGAUCUUCUGUGGCUUCAACGGAGCAGGCGACGUCGGCCGAUAAUCUGUCCUGGAAGCAGGCGGUUGAGGUGAUCACGGAGAAUGUGCUGUCAUCGGCUCGUUCCGAUCUGGCGACCGUUGGCAGUGGAGGAAGCAGUAACGAUCUUUCUUCUUCGGUCGUUACCUCCAGCACGGCAACCACGGGGAACAAUCAGGAAGUGUCCGUCACGGUACACUCAUCGCUGAGCGAGCGGGGCAACAAUAUUCCCGAUCUGUCGCAAAUCAACAGCAGCACCUCCAUGUUGGUGUCCGAUCUGGCCACCAUCACGGAGAAUCUAUCCCUCUCGGAUGGUUCGGCGAAGCAAAGCGGUACCGCCACCGCUUCCUCGGCCGGUGGGCAGCAGUUUGUGAGCAACAUCAGCGGCACGGGCGUUCCCGUGCUGAUGGGUUCGUCCUCCUCUUCGUCCUCCUCCUCCUCGACGGAGGAAAACAACAAAACGAACAACAUCAACGAGACGAACAACAAGAUCAAUCUAACGAGCGGCAGCGGCGCGAGCAGUGUCGCUAGCGGUAGCAGCGCCUCGAGCGGCAAGGCCGGCCUGUCCUACCUGCAGACGCGCCUCGACAUGAUGGGCAAGAUGCGCGAGGGCGUCGACAUGCUGCGCAACAACACGAACAAUUUCCUAUCCUCCGAGCUGCUCACGCAGUCGAACUUGCUUUCCUCCGUCAAGAUUGCGUUCCCGCCGAUUCCGCCGGCCAACGCCACGACGGGCAGCAGCAGCAGCACGACCGCCACCACCAUCCCCGGCAGCGCAUCGUACGGCAGCAGCAUCUUCGUGGCAAGCACCAGCACUGGCACAAACCCGGCGGCGUCCUCCGGAACGGGCGCCAAGACCCCGACGGACAAGUUUGACGUGAAGUUCAACAACACCGCCACCGCGAACACGUUCAAGAAGGUGCUGAACGAGGCGAAGCAAAUCGGGGCGGAACAGCCACCCGCACCACCAGCACCGGCCUCGUCGAUGGGCGGCCGCGAUGCGACGAACAAUCUGAAGAACAACAUCGUCGUGGUCGGUUCGACGGAAACGACGGUGCUGGGUGGUGGUGGCGGUGGCGGUUCGUCGCAGGACGAUCCGAACGCGAUGGACUGUCUGAUGGGGUCCGUUUCCGGCAGCGAUGGAGUGAAUGUGGUCCCCGUAGUGGCACCCUCGCCGAACUCGAUGAGCGUCAGCGUGCCGAACCUGACGAGCAGCGGCACUGGAGCGAACAAUCAUUCACACAACGCGUCCCAUCGCACGUCCUCCCACCAUCACCAUCAUCAUAAUCAUCCGGACAGUGCGUCCCAAACGCUGGCGAACGACGCGCAACCGCCCCCGCCGGGGCUGCUGGAAACGUUCGCGGCCAUCGCACGGCGCCGCACGUCCGGCAGUGGCUCGAACUCCAACAGCAACGCCAACAACAACAAUGAAAACAACAACGCUGCAUCGCAUCCUUCCUCCUCAUCCUCCUCCUCGUCGCAGCAGACGACGGCGGCGGUUCCGAUCAACAAUCAGCUGAUUAGCAGCGGAGCAGGAGCGCUGGUGGGUGGAGGUGGUGGUGGUGUGCUGCAGAACAACAGCAACUUUUUCCCCCGUGGACCAAACUCGGUGACCAGCCUGGUGAAGCUGGCACUGUCCAGCCACACCGGGCUGCUCAGCACGGCCCAAAGCUACCCGAGCCUGUUCAGCUCGUCGUCGAACAACAAUGCUGCGGCCGGACAGGGUGCCGGGAAUAACAACAACGCCAACAACAUGGUCGGCGUGGGACAGGUGAACCCGCUGAACCCCGCCCUCACCAUGAGCCUGACGUCGACGUCGAGCGAUAGCGAGCAGGUGUCGCUGGAGGACUUCCUGGAGCAGUGCCGAGCGCCGACGCUGCUGGGCGACCUGGAAGACGACGAAGACAUCGAGGACGAGAACGACGACGAUGAGAACGAGGACGAGUACGAGGAGGUGGGCAACACGCUGCUGCAGGUGAUGGUUUCGCGCAAUCUGCUCUCCUUCAUGGAGGAGCGCACGUUCGAGAAUCGGCUGCCGACGGCCGGCAAGCGCAAAUCCUGGGACGAUGAGUUUGUGCUGAAGCGCCAAUUCUCCGCCCUGAUACCGGCGUUCGAUCCCCGGCCGGGCAAGACCAACGUGAACCAGACGAGCGAUCUGGAUAUUCCUGCGCCGGGCAGCAACAGCGCGACCGAUCCAACGGAGCAACCGCAGUCGUCUUCGUCGGGCAGGGGAGCGCUGCCGGAACCGGGCAGCGGCCAGUCGUCGACGGCGAUCUCUUCGCUGCCGCAGCCGACCCUGUCGCUGAUACUGCGCGGCCCAAACAUUAACGGCGUGAACGACGUGGAGGUUGACCUGACGCAGUCCGACUGGACGAUCUUCCGGGCGGUGCAGGAGCUGAUGCUGCAGACGACGAUGCCGAAGCAGGACAAGUUCCGCAAGAUCUGGCAGCCAACGUACACGAUCAUCUACCGGGAGGCUAGUCCGGGCUCGUCCUCGUCGCUGUUGGGUGGCGGUGGAAAGGAAGACUUUAGCAGCGGAGAGGAAGGCCGUGCUACGCCGAUCAUUUCGAUGUACUCGCAGCGCAGCCACGGGUCGACGCUGUCACCGAGCUCUCCGGUCCCGGGCACACCGUCCCUUUCCGGUGGUGGUGGUGCUGGUGGUACGGGAGCCUCAAGUGGUGGCGCACUGUCCUCCGCCCCGGGAACGGGCGGCAACCAGCAGCAGCAGCAGCAAUACUGCUCGGUCGAGGACGUACUGCAGCUGCUCUCGCAGCUCAACAGCAUCAACCAGUCGCUGGCGGCGACGCCGACCAACAACGACAAGAACCUGAUGCCGGACGUGGAGUCGCACUACCUCAGUCCGGACGUGUUCAUGAGCAAGAAGAUCACGAACAAGCUGCAGCAGCAGAUCCAGGACCCGCUCGUCCUGUCCAGCGGCAGCCUGCCCAAGUGGUGCGAGGAGUACAACCAGACCUGCCCGUUCCUGUUCCCGUUCGAGACGCGCCAGCUGUACUUCAGCUGCACCGCGUUCGGCGCCUCGCGCAGCAUCGUCUGGCUGCAGUCGCAGCGCGACGUCAGCCUGGAGCGGCAGCGCGCACCGGGCCUGAGCCCGCGGCACGCCGACCAGCAAGAGUUCCGCGUCGGCCGGCUGAAGCACGAGCGCGUGAAGGUGCCGCGCGGCGAGAACCUGCUCGACUGGGCGCAACAGGUGAUGAAGGUGCACUGCAACCGCAAGUCCGUGCUGGAGGUGGAAUUCGUCGGUGAGGAGGGCACGGGGCUGGGACCGACGCUCGAGUUUUACGCGCUCGUCGCGGCGGAACUGCAGCGCAGCGAUCUCGGCAUGUGGCUGUGCGACGACGAGGAACCGAAGCUGAUCGAGGACGAGAUCGAUCUCGGCGAGGGCAGCAAACCGGUCGGGUACUAUGUGCGCCGAUCGACCGGUCUCUUCCCCGCCCCGCUCCCCCAGGACUCGGACAUUAGCGAGGACGUGUCGGGCUACUUCUGGUUCCUGGGCGUGUUUUUGGCCAAGGUGCUUCAGGACAACCGGCUGGUGGAUUUGCCCCUGUCGAACAGCUUCCUGCAGCUGCUCAGCCACAGCCGUUCGAUGGCGCGUGGUGCGACCAGCCAGACCGGCUCGCUGCUGGGCAAAUCGGGCGUCAGCGAUGACAUCAUGAUGUCGUCCAUCCUGUCGGAGGACAGUGAUCGCGACCGGGACCUCCUGGUCGACUCGUACCAAUCCAAGAUGGCGAUGGCAAGCGAUGGCGCCUGGUACGAUGGCAUACUGACGCAGGAAAAUCUGCAGGAAAUCGACCCGAUCCGGUACCAGUUCCUGCGCGAGCUGCAGGAGCUGGUGCAGCAGAAGCAAGCGAUCGAGCAGAACGACGCGCUCAGCUCGGAGGAGAAGCUGCAGCAGAUCAGCGAGUUGAAGCUAAACACCAAAACGGGCUGUGUGGCGCUGGAGGAUCUGGCGCUUACCUUUACCUACCUGCCGAGCUCGCGCAACUACGGGUACGCGUCGGCCGACCUGCUCCCGAACGGGGCGAACAUCGACGUGACGAUCAACAACGUGGAGGAGUACUGCAAUCUGACCGUGGCGUUCUGCCUGCAGGAGGGCAUCGCGAAGCAGCUGGCCGCGUUCCAUCGCGGCUUUUGCGAGGUGUUUGCGCUGAACAAGCUGGCCGCGUUCACGCCGGACGAGAUCCGGAAGAUGCUGUGCGGCGAGCAGAACCCGGAGUGGACGCGCGAAGACAUCAUGACCUACACGGAACCGAAGCUCGGCUACACCAAGGAAAGCCCCGGUUUCCUGCGCUUCGUCAACGUGUUGAUGGGCAUGAAUGGGUCGGAAAGGAAAGCGUUCCUUCAGUUUACGACCGGCUGCAGCAGUCUGCCACCUGGCGGGCUGGCCAAUCUACACCCACGGCUGACGGUCGUGCGCAAGGUGGACGCGGGCGAGGGUUCGUACCCGUCGGUCAACACGUGCGUCCACUACCUGAAGCUGCCCGACUACCCGAACGAGCAGAUACUGCGCGAGCGGCUGCUGACGGCCACCAAGGAGAAAGGGUUCCAUCUGAACUAAAUCAAACGAAGAAUGAAUGGAAGAUGGAGAAAAAAAGCUAUAUUGUUUUUUUUUUUUGUGUACUGUUGAAAACGACAAGAUAAUGUUGCGAAAUGACUGAAUAUAAGAGGGAGAGAGAGUGUGCGUGUGUGCUGUGCGUUAGAAGAAAGAGUUGUUUACAGAGCAUUAGGCGACAACAACAACAACAAAACGAACAUAAUUGCAACGAUGAUGUGUGAGAGAGUACGGAAGGGAAAUGGUUAGAUAAAAUUCACAAAAUCAUUUAAACUAAACUAUUUUUACAUGCACCUCUCUCCCCAUUUUCUCGCCCCCCACAAACGCCCCAGCUAAAGAGAUGAUAUAUGUAAUAUUAGCACACACGUGCGCGUGUCUCGCCUCUCCGCACGACGCUGCUGCUGCAGCUGCUGCCUCUCUUUGGAAAUUUGAAGACUCUUUCGAAGGAGGACACGAAUCGAUUGAACUAAAUGAAGCGCGAAUUCGUUCAAGUUACAUAUAGGCACACACACACCGGCAGAAAAGAAGAAGCAAAUUUAUGUGAAAUCUAGAAAAGAAUUUCAAACACACACACACACACACAAACACAUGGUAAGCUUUUCUGUUCUUUACGUAUAUAAGGUACAUGAUAUAUGAAACGUAAAUAAGAGAAAGUGCUUUUAACGGUCGUGUUGGCUGUUCGAAUGGUUUGGUUUUUGGUAAAGGAAAACAGAUCGAGAAAAGAAUAGCUUUUUUGGGGAUUACUAUAGAAGAGAGAGAGAGAGAGAGGGGGGGGGGGGAAGAAGUACUCCCAGUUUGCAGAAAGGACCACCAUCGGAGAUGGGGGGGUUAAAGGAGAGUUGCUUAAUUUUGUUUCCUUUAAUUUACACACUCUAAGUCCCCUUUAUAUUUACACAUCAUUAUAAUCCGUUUAGCGUUUUGUUCUCUAGUUGGA